AUGGAUCAAGGAAUCCCCGAGAGCAAACGCCCUCGUCUCUCAUGGUCCUCAUCUGCAGCCCAAGGUGCCUCGCUCCCGCAUCUUCAUGUCACCCCAACCGUUCAGCGUUCUCAUCCUCCUUCAUCGCAUCCUGCCGCUGCUCCUCAGCAGCAUCAUUCGACCUCGGGCCAGUAUCAACAGACAUAUGCACCCCGCUCAGCGGACCACGUCACCGUGCCUGCGCAAGGCCAUACCCAGCAGCAGCAGCAGCAGCAGCAGCAGCAGCAGCAGCCGCAUUCUGACCUCGACCGUCGCCAUUACGAACAAGAGACUCUUGCUCCCUUGCAAGAUCAUUAUCGUCAUCCUCAAACACAACCUCAGCCACAACUUCAACCCCAACAGCAGCAGCCUCCUUCGCCGGCGAAUCCCACCUACUCCCAAUACCCUCCGAGAGACUCGCUUGUGACGAGGGAAACCGGUGAAGAUCCUCGACGACCGAACUCGACGGGUCAUGCCCCGGACGCGGUACCACCUGCACCGCACGCCGUACCGGCUCCUCAACCUGCCGCUCCACUUCAGUCUGCCGUGUAUCCGGCAGAAGGCCAACCACGACACAUGAGUUACGAUGCCGGCCAGCCGGUGCCUCCGACGACGGGAGUGUAUCGUGCGCCGACCUUUCCUCAGCCUGCGCCGUCGUCUCACCAAUCCUCCUACGACGCUCAUGCCUCCUAUCCCACCGAGGCUUUCUACAGCAUCUACCCGUCAGCAACCACGACGAAGAAGAAGAACACCCGAGCAUCCCAGGCUUGCGACCAGUGUCGCCAGCUCAAGGCAAAGUGUGACGAAACCAAGCCAUGCAAGACAUGCAGAGAUAAGGGCACCGAGUGCAGAUACCGGGACCCCGUGCCCAAAGCCACGGACAAAGCCCAAGCCGACAUCCUCGAGGGCAUCACCAUGAUGCAGGACAGCCUCAACAGACUGGCAGAUCACGUCCAUCACAUGAACGACAGGAUGACAAAGAUUGAGUCCUCCGUCUCCAUGUUUCGUGGCAGUGGUCACGUUCGGCCAGACUCUGGAUUCCCCGAGGACACCAAGUCCUUCUGCCGUCAUUCUCCUGCGUCCAUCCAACCUGAGUAUUACACGCACGAGAUUCCACGCGACCACAUGUCAAGCCCCCCCAAACGCCUGCCCAUGCAAAUCAUGGUAGAGGACGAGAUAGAAGCAGAGCCAGGCCCGCCAGUUCCUCCUGGAGAGCCUGCCAUUCCGAUCAACCACACCACGCUAGCGGGCCUGCUCCUGAACUGGGUGCCGAUACAGGCGCUCACAAGGAAGCAUGUGGAGCGGGCUGGCAUUCGUCACGUCGGCGAGUUCCCCAUCAGCCAGGAGCAGAAUCGUGGACAAUUAAUUGUUUACGGUCGGGGCGAAGCCUCGCACCCGUCUCGCCAGAUGAUGGAGAUCCCCGAUCGCGGCCCACUCGACACGGUUGAUGACCUGUCCGACUUUGCAUCGCCUUCUCCGGCUGCCGAUUGGGGACAUUUGGGCGGGCUCAGCCCUGCCGAGACUGUCGAUUACCGUGGCGGCGUCCUGGGCCACGAUGGCAACCCCGAUUUCACCGAAUCCAGGGUUUGGCAGUAUGUGAAGAGCUUCAAGGACAACAUACUGAACAUGCAUCCCAUCAUCCAACCUCAAGUCCUCGAUGAUUGGGUUCACCAUUUUUUGGACACGCUGCCGAAAGUGCAGCCAAAAUCCCUGAAGCAUCCAACGUCCAAGCCUACCUUUGCCGUCGGUGGCGGAGGUCACGAUACCGUGGGUUCAAAACGGAAGCGAUCCCCCGGGCUGGAUGGGCAGGAUGCCCCCUCGACGCCGGCCGCCGUGAGAGCUGGGAAACCGGAGCGGUCGAUCCACAACGCCUUGAUUCUGACCGUGCUAGCUCUCGGCAAGGUGUGUCUUCACCGCGACAACGUUCCCGACGCGGUUCAUCACGGUGAUCCACUUCCCCACGGGAGUCCCAUGAGUCGAAACGGAAUCCCGCCGUUGAUCCAGCGAUCACCACCGAGCCACUCAUCAUCACAGUCACAAUCCUCGGGACUGCCCUCGCCUAAUGAUCCGGAACGAGGCCCCCAGAGCAGACGAUCGUCGACGUAUGGAACGGGGCCCGUCCGGACUGGCUACAGCCUCAAGAAGAAUUAUGAAGUGAUACCGGGCCUCGAAUAUUUUGCGUUUGCCACCGACAUUCUCGGGAACCACCUCGGUUCCUACACGAACAUGAAGAAUGUUUACGCCAACAUCUUUGCUGGUCUCUACCAGGGACAACUGGCACGGCCGGUCGAGAGCUUUGCUUUCAUCCACCAGGCCGGCCACAAGCUGCAAGUAAUUAUGAGGCCGAGCCUAGGGAAGUUGCGGGACAUCAAACGUGCCGGCAUGUUCAUACAAGACGCAAAGUACAAUCAGCUUGCGCUCGCAUUCUGGACGUGCUUGCAACUUGAAAGCGAUCUCAUCGCAGAAUUACCGUUACCGCCGUCCGGGCUUCUCUCGUACGAGGAUGACAUGCCUCAUCCGAACAUGAGCCUCAUCGAAGGCGUCGACCAAGGAGUUCUAGACAGCUACCCUGGGCAGCUCUACCUGAGGACGCACCUCAACAGCAUACAUCGCAUGUUUUACUCCCCUCACGACCCUUCCGAGUCCAAGGAGGCGGCAGACAACAAGUUCAAGAACGUGGGACUCGUGGCGGAUGGGGUCUCCGACAUGACAUGGGUUGCGCCGCGAUACGCCUUCAGGGAAGAAGACCCGCCGGCUACCGAGAUUCUCGGGGCGAGGCUGAGGGGCAAGUACUGGGGUGCGCAGGUCAUCACGUACCGGCCGUUUGUCCGGGCAAUCUUGGAAUUCAACCACAACCAGAAGAUUCACCCGGCGAGCCCGAACUUUCCAACGACGCCCGAGUUUCGCGAAGGCAUCGUCUAUCCAACGAUCGCACCGGGCACGAGGACAUCGAACGAUCUCGACCCGAAACUAGUGGAGCUGGCCCGUAGAGGGAUCAAAGCUUUGAUUGAGAGCACGAGAGCGUUUCAUGGUCUAGGCGAAAGCCGUCCAAUCAUCACCAACGUGUUCGGAACAGCACAUGCUCAAUGGGGGAACCUGGUCGUCCUAUCGGCCGCGUUUCGCGACCCUGUUCUGAAGUCCAGCGUCGAUGAGGAACUCCUGAAAGGUCUAUUCCAGCGAACGAUACGGUUUCUGGCACAAUCUUCUACGGCAACAAGCACGCUUAGAAUCGACAUGUAUAUCCUGCAGUGUCUGCAGAAGGAUCUGUUCCACACCCAUGACGUCAAGACCAACUCGAGUUUCUCCAGCCAAGCGAGCAAUGCGAGCAGCGCAAGCGUGCAGGCAGUGAGGGUGCCCAUGGCGGUCUUGCCUCACGGCGUGCAUCCAGGCGGCGAGAACAACUUCUUGGCAGCCAUGUCUCGUCAAAGUCAGAUGGGCAUUCCCUUUGCAAGAUGA